AUGCCUGACUCGGAGAGAGAAAGAAUUGCCACAAAAAAAACGAAAAAAAACAAGCCCGAGUAGAAUUAAAAUAAUAAAUAUUAAAUAAAUAAAAAAGAGGAAGUACCAGCCAAACUUAACGGUACGAAAACACGAAAAAACUCCUCCCCAUUUAAUUCAUUCAUUUCCUCGUGGGUUUGCUUGUGGCUGCAACUCCAAAACAAAGAAACCUCCCUCUUCCUCCUCUUUUCCUCAUGGGUGCUCUGGAGGACGUUACUGAAAGCAGAGCGGCGGAGACGGGAGAAGAUAGGAAAGAAGAGAAAACAGAAGAAGAGAAAAUAGAAGAAAAGGAAGAAGAGAAGAAGAGGACGGAAGGAGGAGGAGAUGCUGAUGAGGUGGUGGUGGUGGUGGAUUCGUCAGAUCAUCAAAAUCAUCAGAGAAGGGAGUUGACAGCAGCGGCGACGGCGACGGCGACGGCGGCGACGGCGGCGACCGCGACGGUGUCCAGGCUGCACGCCCAGCAUCCGGUUCCUCCCAUCCAAGUCGUCUCCUCCGCCGCCUCGGCCUCCGCCUACCCGCCCAUCACACCAACCCCACCUCAAGUAAUUUUUUAUUGCUUAUUUAUUGAACUACCGAAUAUUCGUCAGUUCCUUUAUUUAAUUUCUUUUAGCUGACGAUGUGGGAAAAAAAAAAAAAGAGUUUUAGAUAUUUUUUAAUUA